GCAACAGGACAGCCAAUAUAUAAAAAGCCACGCCCACUAACUGACGAUGAAUAUUAUGAAAAUGAACGAGUGAAGAGAAACUCAAAGAAGGUGAACACAGCCAGUGGAGGAAGGUUCUGUCAGAUAUUUGUGGCUGUGGAUCAUUUGUUCUUACAACAUGUGGUGGGCGGUUCAGAAACAAUGGCAAUAUCAGAAGUGACUACAAUAUUCUCAAGUUCCCAGAACAUAUUUCAAACUACAGACUUUGAUUCAAAUGGACAGUUUGACGGCAUUACCCCUCAACUGGUCCGUACUGAUAUUCUCAACCGUGAUUCUUACAAUGGGAAGUUCAGGAGUGAUAACAUUGACGUUAAUAGAUACCUCAACCUUUGGUCCGAGAUUGACCAUUCUACCUACUGUCUGGCACUAUUAGUGACCUACCGUGAUUUCAGUGAUGGUGUAUUAGGUUUGGCGUGGGUAGCUCAGCCCCCCGGGGGUUCUUCAGGGGGUAUUUGUGAGGGACGGGUCCGACUCUCAAUUGGAGAGAGAUCAUUAAACACUGCCAUAGCUUCUUACCUCAACUAUGGUGCUAGGCAACCCAGGGGUGUGGUCACUAUCACUGUGGCUCAUGAGUUUGGACACAACUUUGGAUCACCCCACGAUCCAGAGUCCAGUCAGUGUUCUCCUGGUGGUUCAGGAGGUAAUUACAUCAUGUAUCCUAGAGCUACUGACGGGAGACAGGACAAUAAUGACCGAUUCUCUCCUUGUUCAAUAAACUCAAUAUACUCUGUACUGACCACCAAAUCAACAUGUUUCACUAAUGAUGGUGCAUUUUGUGGUAAUGCUAUACGUGAGCUAGGAGAGAGGUGUGACUGUGGUAUCGGAGAUCAAACUGAUUGCAAUAGAGUGGACCCGUGCUGUACUGCUGGUGAAUGCACACUCAAUCCUAAUGCAGAAUGCAGUGCAACUGAUGGUUGUUGUGUCCAGUUGUCAGAAUGCCACUGCUGGGUAUGUAUGCCGUGAAGAGACGGAAUGUGCUGCUGAGUC